AUUUGCAGAUGAUUACCAUCUUCGCAGCUCUUGCACUUCUUGGAGCAGCUGUAGCCUACCACUUACCGGUCUAUCCACCACCGAGACAUAAUGGCGAGCUCGUGGCGAACGUGAAGGGUGGUCGUAGUCACGGACCAUUCCUGGAUGUCUUCCAUGGACAUCGCCGCCGAUAUCUUCCACCUGGCUAUUACGGCUGGCCGUACGGUUAUCCGCCAAAUAUCGUUUCGAACCCAUUCUACGUACAGCGUCGCCACAGAAGACGUCAUCACGACAGCGAUAGUCGCCGUCGCAGUGACAGUCGCGAUCGCGAUUACGACAGAAGGCAUAGAAGAAGUCGUGACAGCAGCGACAGCCGAGAUUACUGGUGAUUUGCAAUUCUCAGCAAUAAAAGCCUGAAGCUCUACCGUAUUUUCU